AUGGCUUCCUCAAUCUCGAACACACCCAUUCCCUCCGAACUCGACGACGAAGCUGACAAUAUCUACCUCCCUUCCGGACAUAAAUGGGCUUACCCAUGCAAGCUCCCUUCGUGCCCCGACUACGGCAGGUUCUGGAUGCUACGAAGCAACUUUCUCCUUCAUCUACAGGAGCGAGAGGCACAUGGGGCCUCAGCGAAGACACCUGCCACACGCCGCGCCAUUGAGCUUGCUUGGCGUUAUACUACCGAUCCUAAGCUUCCACCUCGCGCAGCCCCGGAUUUUCGUUCCCGGGAGGAUCCUGACGAGCAAGUCUGGAACUACGGCUUUAAAGAUCAGAACGGCAAGGUGAUAUCGGGCAGGGGUACAAUGAAGCAAAUGGAAAUGCAUAAGGCCUCGCAUUUUGCCGGCGAGUAAAAGGAAAGCCAAACGUGUAGCGGAUCCUAUGUCCGAUAGCGAGCGGGUAUUCUACGUAGCUAGGAUACAUAGCUAUAAAGUUUC